AUGAAAGCUUCGAUUUUUUUUUUCUUUUUCUUUCUAAGUGGUGUAUGUGCUAAUCAUACAAAUAAUUGGGCUGUUCUUGUUGAAACCUCCCGGUUUUGGUUCAACUAUCGUCACACAGGAAAUGUCUUGGGUGUAUACCGCAAUAUUAAACGAAUGGGAAUUCCUGAUAGUCAAAUUAUUCUUAUGAUAGGAGAUUCGUAUGCCUGUAAUUCAAGGAAUCCACGUCCAGGAACUGUUUAUCAGAGCGCAUAUAAUCCUAUCGACCUCUACGGUGAAGAUAUUGAAGUUGAUUAUCGUGGAUACGAGGUUACUGUGGAGAACUUUAUCAGAGUUGUAACAGGUCGUCUGCCGGCUUCUGCUUCAGCUUCUAAGAAGCUAAAUACUGAUCAAUACAGCAACAUUCUUAUAUAUAUGACGGGACACGGUGGUGAUGGUUUCCUGAAAUUUCAAGACGAUAACGAGCUUUCGAGUGUAGAGUUAGCUGAUGUAAUCAAUCAAAUGUGGCUUCGUCGGAGGUACAAUGAAAUUCUAUUGAUAACAGAUUCUUGCCAAGCCGAAUCUAUGGGCGCUAAGGUGUAUUCACCAAAUGUUAUAACAGUAGGUAGCAGCAAAAUUGGAGAAGACUCUCUGGCGCAUCAUUUUGAUACCACUAUUGGCGUGUUCGUCGCAGAUCGCUACUCUUACUAUGCCCUCCAAUUCCUUGAAAAGUUAAACCACCAGAGCAAGAAAAGUAUUAUGGAAUUCUUGAAUCUCUGUUCAUUCGAUAUGUGUAAAUCAACGGUCAUGUAUAGAACUGAUUUGCUUGUCUCUAAGCCUCAAAGUGUUCUUGUUACGGAUUUCUUCUCAAGCUCUCAUCACAUCGAAGAUGGGUCAUAUUUAAUCUCUUCGGGAAAGACUAAUUCAACAAAUGAGUCAAAGAUUUUCGCUGAAGGGUGUGUUUAUUAG